AUGGCCGCGUCCACCAUGUCCGUCUGCUCCAGCACCUGCACCGACUCCUGGCAGGUGGACGACUGCCCAGAAAGCUGCUGCGAGCCCCCCUGCUGCGCCCCCAGCUGCUGCGCCCCGGCCCCCUGCCUGACCCUGGUCUGUAUCCCAGUAAGCUGUGUGUCCAGCCCCUGCUGCCAGGCGGCCUGUGAGCUCAGCCCCUGCCAAUCAGGCUGCACCAGCUCCUGCACGUCCUCGUGCUGCCAGCAGUCUAGCUGCCAGCCGGCUUGCUGCACCUCCUCCCCCUGCCAGCAGGCCUGCUGUGUGCCCGUCUGCUGCAAGCCUGUGUGCUGCAAGCCUGUCUGCUGUCCUGUCUGCUGCAAGUCCGUCUGCUGUGUGCCUGUCUGCUCUGGGGCUUCCACUUCAUGCUGCCAGCAGUCUAGCUGCCAGCCGGCUUGCUGCACCACCUCCUGCUGCAGACCCUCCUCCUCUGUGUCCCUCCUCUGCCGCCCCGUGUGCAGGUCCACCAGCUGCGUGCCCGUCUCCUCCUGCUGUGCCCCCGCCUCCGCCUGCCAGGCCAGUUGCUGCCGCCCAGCCUCCUGCGUGUCCCUCCUCUGCCGCCCUGUGUGCUUCCGCCCGGCCUGCUACAGCCUCUGCUCUGGCCAGAAGUCCAGCUGCUGA